GACCACUACAUUUAGACCGUAACACUUGCCAGGCACUCUGUGAAGCUGCGCCUCUAUUAACUGUCCUUGCGUGCACCGGUCCUCACCAUGCAGCAAACGUCUUCGCUCAUGUUCACUGCUUUCCGGCGCGGCCUUCUGGCAAGCCAGCACGCGCCGUGGACGCAGCAGCUUGCGGGGUUCGCGGCAUCAGCCAAUGUGCCGGACUGGGCGUCCAAGCUGCCCGCCGCGUGGCAGGAGGCCGCAAAGCCCGGUUCGAGCUACAGGCGCAAGAUGAACGUUCACUUCAACGUCUGUGAUUACGACAAGGACGGCGUCGUGCGCUGGAAUGACAUCAUGCAGAUCGUGGACAACUACGCCAAGAUCCGGGACCUGAAGCCCGGCAGCCCGGAGCUGCGCAAGUGCCGGGACGGGCACGAGUUCGUGUUCACCAAGUUCUGGAGUGACACGGGCGACCUGAAGGGCACCAGCACUGAGGAGCAGCUGGUGCGCAACAUCGUCACCGCUGCGGCAAAUGCGCCCUGGAAGAGCGUGGAGGAGUUUGUGGAGCUGACGCCGGUCAAGAUCUGCUUUGACCUGGUUGACGCGGACGGCGACGGCUUCAUCACAGUUGAGGAGUUCAAGGAGUACUGGACCGCGCACCAGCUCAAGCCCGCGGACAUGAAGCAGGUCUUUCACGAGCUGGAUGUCAACAAGAACGGCGUCAUCUCCCGCCAGGAGUACUACGAGGCUUUCUACAACUGGUUGAACACGCCCCACUGCGACGCCGGUCACAAGGGUACCCCCAACAUCUGGGGCAUCGUGCCACCCAAGUAAUUGAUGUGGUGGGGGGUCCAGCAUGGUGCAUGCGGCUCAUGCGGGGCUGGGGGACAAGGCAGGCAUCCGCGUGUCGUCCUCUGGAUGAAGCGCACGAGGGCGGCCUUGCCUUGGCCUGGAGGCACCGCAUGCUAAAUUGCUAAUGCAUAGGUGGCGGCAAUCGCGCCCAUCUUCAGCACGAGGUGUUGAUUGCUUCUGAGUGUGCAUGCGGGCACAUGGUGGCACCAUUUGUGAUUUGGGCAUUUGGCCAUUUUCAGCGGCUGGCUUGCGGCUGGGCCUCGUUUCGCUUGUGUGCGCCUGUGUAGGCCUGUGCUGGGGAUAGUGAGUUGGGCAGAGUGUGCUUUCAACUUGCGUUCCGGUGACUUGCAAGUAAGGGACCCGCAGAGAGACAGACAUACGGCGGAAUGUAAGGGCCCUUGCUC